UCCGCGGGCAGUCGUCGCGACGCUUUCGUCAGUGCGGUGCCGUCCACGUCCAGUUCGUCGUUUUCCCAAGUGAGGUGUCGCGUCCUCCGCGCCACGAUCCCGUUGACCCCGCCGGUCACGACACCGGCCGCGCGUCCUUCAAUUACCCCAGUCGAAACCGUGAGUUAUCGCCGAUUCUCCCCCAAGUGACUUAGUGAUGAACUCCAAGGUGGUGCCCGUUUACAGCAAGUAGCCGACGAACCCGAACCCGAGGACCACGAGGAUACCCCAAGAAAAGUGGCGCCCUAAAAUUCUACCUCGUUGCCAGAAUCGUGUCACUUUAAGAUUCGCGAAGUGAUGGCGGGUGUACCCAGCAACAUCCAAGUCGUAAGUAGCGCUUCGGAGAGUGAAUACGAGAGUGUGGACUUUAACGCUUGCCACAAGAGUAACUCGGCCAGCCUCCUCGACCUCGUCGACUCGGAGCUGGCCCGCCGCUUCUCCGCCGCCGCCGCCGACUCGGAAAACCCCUACGAGACCCUCAACAACAAACCCGCCAGCCGGAAAACCUCCGAGUCCCUCAGCCGCAAGUCCUCCGAGUCCCUCAGCCGCAAAUCCUCCGAGUCCCUCAACAACAAGCCCGCGAUCCUCGACGACUGCUCGCUCAUCAAGAAACCGGUCGACACCAACGCCAACGAGGACUUCCUCAACGGCGAGCGCUACAGCAACGGCCUCUCGCAGAAGAGCAUCGACACCGAGCAGAACGAGAUCAACAAGUUGCGCUCCGCCUCGCUAGAUGGCGUUUACGACACCAUCCGCGUCGAGAACUCGCACCCGAACGGUCACGAUGACCACGAGCGCGAUUCCCACUCCGAGGAUGAAUCCUCCCAUAUUUAUGAGAACGUCACGUUCAGCGAUAGGCCCGAGGACGAACAAACCGAGUCAUUAGGGGAACCCGUCGUGGAACCCAUCGUGGAACCCAUCGCGGAACCCGUCUUGGAACCCGUUGUGGAACCCGUCCCGCAGUUCCCCGGACUCCCGUCGACCGUCAGCGAGUUGACGUUCGAGACGUGGACGACGGUUGACGACUGCGCCAAAGAGGCGGAGGCUGCUGAGGCGGACGAGGCUGACGAGGGUGUGGGUGACGUCAUCGAUGACGCAAUAGAUGACGUGAUCGAUGCCCCCGUGUCGGACGCGGAUACGGCCCCCGAGGCGGACUCCGAGUUCGCCGGCACCGACGUCACGGACAGGACCAGCGUUUUGCAUGACGAUGUUUUUGUUGAUGAUUCGGCGUCGCAAACUACUAACGAGAACGAUGUGGAGCAGACAGAGGAAACCUCAGAGACAAUGUCUGAAAAGAAAGGAAAGAAGAAGAAAAAUAGUCUGACAGAAUCAACUUGCACGACGAAAACCAAGAAGACGAAGAAAACUAAAAAAUCCGAAGAGAAAGAAAAUAUAUCUGUGAUGACCAAUGGGCAUGGUUUUGAUGAGAAUGAGUACUUUAAUCGUGUGAAUAGCAGUAACUCCAUACCCUCCUCCGUACCUGUUGACGAUGAUCUAGCCAAUAUCUGUGUCCGAAAUUUAAAACAAGCGUACUGCAGCGAAGCCAACAAGAGUUCGACGAUAAAGCACGAAGAGCCGGUGCCCCCCUCGAUACCCAUCAAAGAACUGCGCCGUAGCUUUGGGGAUUUGCGGAAAGCUUUCGAUGUUAAGGAAACCAAUAAUAAUACACAUAACUUCAAUGACAAUAGUUCCUCCUCGAUAAAAAUGAGAGCUCGCUCUCUUGGUGAUUUAAGACGAAUAGUUGACUCAAACAAACGACCAACCAUACACACUGGAAUUUCAGUCAAAGAACUGGUGGCAACUUAUUGGAGUUCGGUAAAUAGUUCUGAAUCUAAACCUGUCGAAAUCAAAAAACCAUCAAAACUUUCACCUUACAAAUCAUCGAACCGAUUCAUUUGUGAAAUUUAUCUCCCAAGAUCUAACACUGUCUCACCUAAUAUCUCUCCCCAGACCUCUGUCAUUCCCAAGCAUUCUCUCACAUCAGCGAAAUCAAGUUUCAGUAAAUUCGAUCAGCUGACGAAAAAAACUGUUCUCCACGUUCGCUCCUCGGAUGCUGCUGAAGCUCAAAAUUUGGUUCAGGCUCGUCAAAAUGGAGAGGACUCAAGCAAAGAAUGCAAACAGUGCGGCAAGGCCGUGUUUGUCAUGGAACAGAUAAAAGCUGAGGGACACGUUUGGCAUAAAAACUGUUUCCGAUGCAAGACUUGUAAUAAGCAAUUAACAGUGGAUACUUACAGCAGUCACGAAGGAGAACUCUUUUGCAAGCCCCAUUUCCGUGAAUUGUUCAAACCGAAAGCUGUGGUAGAUGAUGAAGAACCAGUGAGGCGUAGAAAACCUGAAUUAAUUAUUCGAGAAAAUCAGCCAAUUGAACUUCCGCCUGAUGUGGUUCGAGCAAGUGAUAAACCAGAUCUUGGUCUAGAAGAAUUAAGCAGUUUAGACGUCAAAUCUCGUUUCCAAGUUUUUGAAAAGUCAACGUCAGAAUCAAAUGACAUUGAAAAAUCGCCCAGCACAAUCAGUGUGAAGCGAUCUCCCAGUAUUCUUAGUAAAUUAGCGAAAUUCCAAGCUAAAGGAAUGGAUGUCGGUGUGCCAGAUGAAUCUCUUAACGGCGUUCAUUAUGAUGAGUCAGAAUCAUCCAGUGACGAAAACGAUGAUGAAUCUGGCACUGUGCGUAGUUCUGUGACCUCAGAGCGACCAAUGAAGUUCAGUGCCAUGGGUGAUGUGAAGAAAACUUGGGAAGAUGCUGGUAGAGCUCAGUUGAUGGAAGAAAGAAGAGAAGAACGUAAACAAGAAAGAUCACAUCUACGUUCUCACUUACUCAUGGGUAAACAAGGAAAAAUGAAGGAACUGUAUGAGCAAGCUGUGGCAGAGAGCGAGCAAAACGCCAAAACUGGAAGGCGGGAUAGCGAUCUUGAGAUUCUGAAAAGCGAAAAGGCACGCGCGAUGAGAGAAAGAUUCGAGCGUGGGGAAGUGAACCAUGAUGAUGAAGAAGGAGAAGAAGAUGAUGACUCUAAAGCCAAACUCAAAGAGGAUGACUUGAGCGUCUUUGAGGCCGGCAUCUGUAAAAAGUCACGUAGUUUAUUCUUGGAAAUGGACGCUAAUGUUGCCAAAACUCAGUCGAGUCAACCAUUGUCUCCUAUCUCACCUAUUCACCAGGAAUCCAAGAAAGUAGUCAAACCUAUGAAUGUUAAUCGCCAAGUUUCGGAUGAUAUCGUAAAAUCUAGUGAUAAGGUUGAGGAUGUAGUAGUGGAAACGUCAGACAUUUCAUCGAAAUUCAAAUUUUUUGAGACGUACAAAGCACCUGAAGUUAAACGCAGAACAUUUAGAAUAACUCCUCCCCGGGAAAACGGACCCAAGUCUGAAUCACCUGAUAGAGAAAUCGUUCGUGAUCCUAAUGUUGUUCGUGCCGAUGACCCAGUCAGUAAUGAGGCAGACAAUGCAUUGAUGAAAAGUCAAACAACCUCAAAAAUGCUGUCCAUCUUCAGACAAAUGGAGGAAGCUAAAGACACUGUACCUGAUGGACCGAAACCAUUGAAAAGGUUCACCCCCCCUCCGGACUACAAAGAGAAGGACUCAGAAAGCGAGGAGGAAGAAAGUGAGGAAGAAGAAGAAGAGGAGGAAAGUGAGGAAGAGCUGGUCAAUGGAAAUAUCAUCCGCGCUUCAGACCAAAUUGAAGACGAGUUCUUGCAGCAGUCUCGAAAAGCUGCUGUACGAGCUCGAGCGUUGAAGGAAAAAUUCGAGCAUUGGGAACCAGAAAAACAGUCAGUCAACAAUGCCAUCAACUUGUUGGACUCAGACCAGGCUAGCAUCGAGCCAACCAAAAAUCUACGAGCAAGGUUCGAGAGCAUGAAAGCCGAACAGCCCUCUGAAAAACCUCGCCCCCGAGUGAACAGAUUCAUCCCUGAAGCUCCACCCACUCUCUGUAACCUCUGUGAGAAAAAAGUCUACCAACUAGAGAAAAUCGAAACAGACGGAAAGAUCUUUCACAAGUACUGUUUCCGAUGUACGCAGUGCCAUUGCGUUUUAAGAAUCGAAUCUUACACGUUCAAUAAUGGCUACCUGUACUGUUUGCCUCACUUCAAGCAGUUAUUCAUCUCCAAGGGCAACUACGAUGAAGGUUUUGGCGCAGACCCGCUUCAGAAGAAAUGGGCUCAUAACCAUAAUCUAUCAAAUAACAACUCACCCCCUAUCCCAGUUGUAAAUGGCUCGCACUAAUUUUAAGUUUGUUAAUAAUGUCUGCUCAAGAUUCGACCACUACGCCGAUAAGAAAUAAAAAGUAAAUAAAAAAUUACACGGAUAAAAACCUUCAAUAAAUGAAAAAUGCCAUAUCUUUGUUUAAAAUUUUUAUUUUGUGACUGUACUUGUUAGUAGGCUUUUUUUUACUGUCAACAAACAUGACCCUGAAAGGGAUUUGGUUUAUUUAUUGUUGACUGCUGAAGCUGAUUUUUCAAGUUAAAGCAGAAGAAAAUCUUUGAUGGUAUUUUUUAUCUAGUUUUAUUUUUCUCUUUAGUAAGUAAGUGAUAUUACUGUACAUGUGUUAAUAAUGAUUUUCUUUUUUUUAUUAGUUUUGUUGAGCUGUCAAAAAUCAAAUUCCUAUCUCGCCUCAUAUUUUUGGCCGAGGUGGCUGAGAUCAUCUAUUCAAAAAUAGAUUUUAUCAAGGAUUCAGGAAUCUAGUCCGCCUUUUGUAUUGUUAAGUUGAUAAGUUACUGAAACUGUGCCUCAAUAUGCUAAAAUGAUCGAACACUAUGGAUUCAGUGAACUCUGAAGAGUCCUUUUCAGCCAAAAUUUUGUAUUUUUAUCGAACAGAGGUGAACCGAUAUCUCAAAAUAAAGAAUUCGGCCGAAUACAAUUAAAUCAAAUUCAUCCAUGUACGUUUUGAGCCCCGUCACUUUUGAAUGUGAUGUGAGCAAUCUCUUUUUCUUGCUGUUUUCUCUUUGAGCAAAGUAGGAAUAACAAACGAUUGCAUCAACCUCCUUGUUUAUUUAAGCUGCAAAAUUACCCGAAGAAUCAUUGUUUCAUACAGAGGAGUGUCUCCCUGUAUAUUUUACUAUUUGACAAACACUAGUUAGAUCUCUAACUUAUUUUUUUUCUUUAUAAAUUUUUAAUCUUAACUUUUAAAUUUUAAUGACUUUCCACCUUACUUUUUCCCGCGAAACUUUUCCAUUCAUUCUUCAAUAGAAACUUAAUUAAUCAUUCCUUUUAUAAAUUUAAGCAAUCACCGUUUCCAUUGAUCAAUCAAAUGAAUUUUUUCAGCUGACUUUAGUUUUAAGGACAGAACCUUUUUACCUCCUGAACUCUGAUGAAAUGUAAUGCUCUAAAUGUCAAGUACAAAAGUGCCUUCUGGAAAGAUUCAGAUGAAAUAAUAUUUUUGAUUAAACACGCUAAAUCAUCAGCAAAAUAGCAAGUCUACCAGCAGCCUGAUUUCAGAUAUUUUUUGUGUGUCAACCAGACAAGACAAGACGAAGGGAAAAUGAGGUUAUGUGAUUGGUUGGCUUUGUCAGUUGUUCUCUUUGUUGUGCUUAUGUCGGGUGGAAUCGACAAGAAGCUUAAGGCACCUCUCGAGUUGCCGUUCGUAUUUAUUAAAUUCCUUUGACACAAGAAUGAUAAAGGAAACAACUGACACAACUGACAAUCACAUCACUCCUAUCUUGUCCAAUCAAAAAACACAAUAUUUCAAUGAUCAGGCCACUGGCCUACUUUACAGUACCAUGGGUGACAGUACUCUUUUAAACAUGUGCGGUUCUCUGUAAUAUUAUACUAUCUCAAACGCAAAA